UUACACUGUGUCUUAUGUAAGCGUAGCAGGAUGAACCAGUUUGCAUCGAAGUAUGACUUUCCUAUAUGCAAUAGAAAUGACACCGCCACAUCCUGGGUUCCAGCUGGAAUGGAAUACUUUUUUGGAGUGUCUGGUAAUGUUAUUGCCUUCAUUCUUCUCUGGGUCAACCGCGAGGAACACCGUUGGUUUUCUUUCUUCAAACUGUUCACAGGUCUUGUCAUCACCGAUUUUUUGGGAGUAUUUCUCGCUUAUCCAUUUAUUAUGGCAAGAUACGCGUCUGGAUUCACGUGGUGUUACCCGAAGCCUCUUUGUGAGUUCUGUUCUUUUGUGUUUGUGGAUGCUCAUUUAUCGGCAGCCUUACUUAUCUGUGCAAUGUCAAUUGAUCGAUUUAUGCAUUUAAGGAACACUGAAGGCUACUUGAACUCAAACAUAAACUACACUUUCGUGCUAAUAGGAAUUUGGUGUGGUGCUAGUGUCAUCUCUUUAUUGCACUUAGUUGGAGUUGGAAAAAGUAACUUAUAUUUCCCUGGCUCUUGGUGUUACUUUGACUUUGUGGGCGAUACAACUGGAAACCGCGUCAUGUCUUACCUUUAUUCUGUAAUUGGUUUUAUUGUCAUAAGCGUUACCGUUGCAAUUAACGUCAUUACAAUGUACCGGAUUUGCAGAGACCCGGUACAAAGAGGGAACCUUCUGGACACCAGUGUAGUUUCCGGAUUCUAUGAUUCCCAUGUAAUGAUUUUCAUAAGUGCAGUUACCGUUGUGUUUGUCAUUCUAUGGACACCUCUAGUUGUGGACAUCUUUCUUCAUGCCACUAAUAUAAGAACAAAAAACGACAACAAUGGCAUUGAAUUGUGGCUUUUACGAAUGGCUGUCUUAAAUGCUAUAGUUGACCCAUGGUUGUACAUUGUGCUUAGGAAGGAGUCGCUGCGCCAAAUCGUCUUAUGUUUCCGCUAUUGUAGAAGAAGGUCAGAACUUCAAAACAUGGCUGAGGACGAAUUUAGAGAAACAGACGAAUUGCUUCCCUAAAUAUGAUAUAUUGUUCAUGAAUAUAUAACAUUUGCCACUAAUAAGGAAAAGAAAACAUGUCAUUAUGAAUUGAUGUUUUCUGAUUCAAAAAUAAGCAGGAAUUAAAUGUAUA